ACCGUUCUGAAAACAAAUCUUCAAGCCGCGUUGUGUGACAUGACACCACGAGUGGCCCUGCUGCAACUCUCCGCUCCUUCCGACUUCUUCGGCUGGCUCACCAGUUUUGGUAUGCUCCGCCACUAUAAACCUCCUUCCUCCAGCUUGCGAUUGGUACAGCCCAAACUCCGGGAGUUGGAACCCAAAGAAAGACACGCCCGUUGUCACGCCCCUCUGUCUGAUUGGCUGGUGAAUUUAAAGAUCCGGCCGGUUAUAGGAUGAUUCCCUACUCCUAGUAUUUGAAAGUUCCUAGUGCCCACGCUUAGCUAACUGGCCGGCUCUGUUCAGCGCGUUUCUCCGAGUGCCGGUGCAACCUCUCUCAGUCGGCUUCCACGGAAAAUAGAUUGACCCGGCUGCGUAUAAAUUAGUGAAUAUCUGGAAGACAGAAGACCUGCGGAGGCGGUGGCGAUGCUGUCUGCCAAGACGGCGCCAGCGGAAUUCGAGGACGCAGACCUGCGGUGUCGCGUGGCUGUGGAGGAGCUGAGCCCCGGCGGGCAGCCGCGAAAGCGCCAGGCCCUACGCACCGCGGAGCUGAGCCUGGGGCGAAAUGAGCGCCGCGAGUUGCUGCUGCGGCUUCAGGAGCCUGGCCCCGCCGGGCGGGCGCGCUGCUUCCCUCUGCGGGCUGUACGACUCUUCACUCGCUUUGCAGCGGCCGGGCGCAGCACGCUGCGGCUUCCGGUCGACGGCGCUCCCCGAGCUGGCGCAGUGCAGCUGCUGCUCUCCGACUGCCCUCCGGACCGCCUGCGACGCUUCCUGCGCACGCUGCGUCUCAAGCUGGCCGCAGCCCCAGGUCCCGGGCCGGCCUCCGCCCGCGCGCAGCUGCUUGGCCCGCGGCCCCGAGACUUCAUCACCAUCAGCCCCGUGCAGCCCGAGGAGUUACUGCGCGCUGCGCCCACCCGCGUCCCGCACACCACGCCGGUGAAGCCGCCCACGGAACUCCGGGGGCGAUCAGAGACCAGCGCCAGCGCCGAAGCCCCAAGGUGGCCCUUGCCUGUGAAGAGGCUGAGCUUGCCCCCCAGCAAACCACAGCUUUCUGAAGAACAGGCUGCUGUGCUGAGGAUUGUCUUGAAAGGCCAGAGCAUCUUCUUCACUGGAAGUGCAGGGACAGGGAAGUCUUAUCUGCUGAAGCGCAUCCUGGGCUCGCUGCCUCCCACAGGUACCGUGGCUACUGCCAGCACUGGGGUGGCAGCCUGCCACAUCGGGGGUACCACUCUCCAUGCCUUUGCAGGCAUUGGCUCAGGCCAGGCUCCUCUGACCCAGUGUGUGGCCCUGGCUCAGCGGCCAGCUGUGCGGCAGGGCUGGCUGAACUGCCAGCGGCUAGUCAUUGAUGAGAUCUCCAUGGUGGAGGCUGACCUGUUUGACAAGCUGGAAGCUGUGGCCAGAGCUGUCCGGCAGCAGAACAAGCCAUUUGGAGGGAUCCAGCUCAUCAUCUGUGGGGACUUCCUGCAGCUGCCACCUGUAACCAAGGGCUCCCAGCCCCCAAAGUUCUGCUUUCAGGCCAAAAGCUGGAGAAGAUGUGUCCCAGUGACCUUGGAGCUGACCGAGGUGUGGAGGCAGGCAGACCAGACCUUCAUCUCUCUGCUGCAGGCUGUCAGGCUGGGAAGGUGCUCAGAUGAAGUGACCCGCCAACUCCAGGCCACAGCCUCCCACAAGGUGGGGCGAGAUGGGAUUGUGGCCACGAGGCUCUGCACUCACCAGGAUGAUGUGGCCCUCACCAACGAGAGGCGACUACAGGAACUGCCAGGGGAGAUACACAGCUUUAAGGCCAUGGACAGUGACCCUGAGCAUGCCCGAACCCUGGAUGCCCAGUGUCCAGUUAGCCAGAUCCUUCAACUAAAGAUGGGGGCCCAGGUGAUGCUGGUGAAGAACUUAGCGGUGUCCCGGGGCCUGGUGAAUGGUGCCCGCGGGGUGGUCGUCGGGUUCGAGACAGAGGGGAGAGGGCUGCCCCAGGUACGGUUCCUGUGUGGAGUCACCGAGGUCAUACGCGCUGAUCGCUGGACAGUGCAGGCCACUGGCGGCCAGCUCCUCAGCAGACAGCAGCUGCCCCUCCAGCUGGCCUGGGCAAUAUCCAUCCACAAGAGCCAGGGCAUGACCCUGGAUUGCGUGGAGAUCUCUCUGGGUCGUGUGUUUGCCAGUGGCCAGGCCUAUGUGGCCCUUUCCCGGGCCCGCAGCCUGCAGGGCCUGCGUGUGCUGGACUUUGAUCCCAUGGUGGUUCGCUGUGACCCUCGUGUGCUGAGCUUCUAUGCCACCCUGCAGAGGGGCAGGGGCGUCGACCUGAAGUCUCCACAUGAUGAUGAGGCAGCUUCAGACCAAGAGAAUGAGGAUCCAAACCUUUGAGCCUCAAAAGAGAAGACAAAUGAUGGUCUCCCCUUCUUCUUCCUCCCUAGUGGGCCAGGGCCUUUUGGGAUAACUGGGGGAAGAUAGUGUCUCUUUCUCCCUUCAUGAGUGCUCUCAGCCUUCUGGUCUGUCCUGGUCCAGGUUCAAGGGAGAGCACUUCUUACCCCUUUGCCAGCUCUGCCUCAGUUUCUCCCCUUGCCCUGGGUGAGCUACUUCCAGGGACAGGAGUAACCCUUUCUGUGCCAAUGGGGAAAGGGCUUAUGGUGGCAUCUGGUGUUAUGGGACAAAGCUCUCUGUGAGGGCUGGCCCAGGGCCACACGGUUGUGAGUGCUGCUCUCUUUGGGCUGCAGAGAGGAGAGGCUGAAGACAGGUGCUUCAGGAUCAGGAACAGGCUAUAGGAGUCCUGAACUGGGAGACUCAGGCCAAGUACAGGCCCCAAACAGAAGGGAACCUGAGGUUGUCAUCACAGCUAGACCCAGGACAGCACAAGCCAGGACAAACACUCUCCUGAGCUUAACCUGAGAACAUACAAUGCAAACCACGUGCCUGUUACCUUAAGCUGCUUUUUUGGAGAAGAAAUCGUAUUUAGGGGUAUUAAGAUGGAUGUUCUCAGAUCGUAUUUAUUUAGGACAAAUAAACUUGUAAAUUAUGUAA